CAGUGGGAGCUCUACAAAAUAUGAUUUCCAAGUCGUUGAUCGCCAUGCUGGGCGUGCUGGCUCCAGCUCAAGCCGAGACAGUGCUCGGCGUCACUGUUUUCUCGCGUCACGGUGACCGAACAUCCAAGCACUAUAAGGGCUAUAACAUGACCAAUCUAGGGCUUCAGCAGAACUAUGAUAUCGGACAAGACUACCGCAAUAUCUACCUGAACUCAUCUUCACCGAAGCGAAUCCUCGGCAUAUCUGAAGACAAGGUUGUCAACUCGCAGAUCUUCGCGUCUGCACCAGACCAAGCAGUCUUGCUCAACACAGCUACAGCUUUCCUGCAAGGCUUGUACCCGCCUUUGGAGAUCACCGACCAGGAGCUCGCUACUCAGACUCUGAACAGCAAUGAGCAUGUCAUCAAGCCCUUAGGCGGGUAUCAAUAUCUGGUCAUUCACGGAGAGAGCGAUGACUCACCUGACACGAUAUUGUUGAAGGGCGACGAAGAAUGCCCAGCGGUCACACAAUCCAUGAAGCAAUAUGAGGACAGUGCAGCCUUUAAGCAACGUAUCGAAGAGACAAAGCCGUUUUAUCAGUCAUUUUGGGAUCAGCUCAACUCCGUCUACGAUUAUCAGCAAGCCAAUCUCAGUUUCGCUGCUGCGUAUGACAUCUUCGAUUUGCUCAAUGUAGCGUGUAUCCAUAAUGCAACCCACAAUGGCACAGUCGCGAGCGAAGAUAUGAAACAGCUUCAAACGCUGGCUGAUGAAUGGGAGUUCCACAUGGCUUACGAUGCCGACGACUCUAUGCGUUCCAUUGGUGGCCAGACAUUUGCUGGUGGUAUUCUAGAGCAGCUCGACCAGAUUGUUUCAUCGCAAGGCAAGCUCAAGUUCUCACUGUUGGCCGGCAGCUACGAUACAUUCCUGGCCUUCUUCGGACUAAGCAAUUUGACUGCUGUCUCUGACAACUUCUACGGACUUCCGGAUUAUGCCUCGACGAUGGCCUUCGAGGUUUUCACGUCGCAGAAUGCCACUGUCUUCCCUUCAAAUGUGGAAGAUCUGCGUGUACGCUUCCUCUUCCGCAACGGAUCCACCGAAGGAGAAGCACCGACAGCUUUCCCACUCUUCGGCGGACAGGACGAGUCACUCUUAUACACUGACUUCGUGUCGAAGAUGAAGGGGUUUGCCAUCAUGUCCCCGGAGCAAUGGUGUGGCACAUGUCAAAGCGAUGCGCUUUUCUGUCAAUCCUACAGUGCGCGCAAAGCUGGGUCGCAGGCUGAGCGUACUGGCUCUGGCAUAUCGAACGUGGUUGCCGGCGUUAUAGGUGCAUUCGUCACAUUGGGUGUCAUCGGCCUUGUAGGAUUGAUUUUGUUCUGUGCCAGGCGAUGCCGUACCUCAGCCAAGGUUGCAUCACCGAUUCGAAGCGAUAAGGGAAGUAUUUCUAGCCAGCGUUCAAGCGUUUGAGUGCCGGUCGAAGCAUCGGUAAUUCAAGAACCCUCGUUCUCAUCUCGAUGGUAUCAUGAACGGGUAGGCGUCCCUAAAAUUAAGUUCUGUCGAGGUAGUAAACCAAUGCCCAUUAUCUCAGGUCCGUAAGGUCAGCUCCUGGCUCAUGUGAUUCACUGCACAAAAUGUUGCCCCCCUCAGAUUGGCUGGAAGAUCUUUGACUCUGCGUGUUUACCUAGAUGUU